AUGCGCAACCUGAGAAACGUGCGCCUCGUUGAGACGCAGAUUGAGGGCGAAUUGCCUCUCACUGCUACAGCAUGGGACACCUCCUCGGACUCGGUGGUAUGCACCUUUGGUCCCGCUGAGAACAAUCCAAUUAUAGAGGUGCGGCGCAAGCGCCCCGAGAUUAACUCAACGGAUCCCCUCUCCCCCGAAGCAUUCGAAUGCAUUGCUUCCUGGGAUGCCCCAUGCCCUCUGCCGGACCUGGCAUAUGACCGCAUACUUUCUCUGCACUACUUCGCGGACAAUUUGACUACUUGCUUGGUGCUAGAAGGAGGCGAUAUCGUUGUCGUUCGCGAGGAGGCCCUCCCCGGUGAAGACAAGAUUGAAAUUGUCGGAUCAGUUGAUGUGGGAAUCACAGCUGCUGCAUGGUCACCAGACGAGGAAAUGUUGGUCCUUACCACCAGAGCCCAGACGUUCUUGUAUAUGACUAGAGACUUCGAGAACGUGGCCGAUAUUAAUCUGACCCCCAAAGAUAUGCAAGCAUCGCAACACGUGUCCGUUGGAUGGGGAAAGAAAGAGACUCAGUUCCAAGGAAAGCGAGCCAAGGCUCUCCGAGACCCAACUGUUCCAGAGAAGAUCGACCUAGGAAUUCUGAGCAACUAUGAUGAUGGCAGCACUACGAUCAGCUGGCGAGGAGAUGGUGCUUACGUUGCGGUGAACAGCAUCGAAGCAAACACUCGCCGCGUGAUCAGAGUGUACUCAAGAGAGGGUACUUUGGAUAGCGUGAGCGAGCCAGUCGAUGGAUUGGAAAGUGCUCUGAGCUGGCGUCCUUCCGGAAGUCUCAUCGCAGGAAUUCAAAGACUUGACAACCGCAUUGAUGUUGUAUUCUUUGAACGGAACGGACUCCGUCACGGCGAGUUCUCUCUUCGCUUGACCGAGGCUGAGAUGAAUUCAUGGGCUUCUCGUAUCCAGCUUGCUUGGAAUGUGGACUCUACCGUACUUGCUGUUAAGUUCCAAGAUCGUGUACAAUUCUGGACUACAGGCAACUAUCAUUGGUAUCUAAAACAAGAUAUCCCCAUCCCCGUUGAUCCGAAUUUCUCGCUUCCUUACUCUCUUGAGUGGCACCAAGAGAAAGCAUUGCGAUUGGUCGCUGGUUCUUCAGGCUCGAUCGUGGAUGUGGAUUAUGUAUUUGAUAUCACUCAUGGAUCUACCUCCAUUCCAGACGAUGUCGGCGCUACCGCUGUCAUCGAUGGGAAGAACCUUAAAUUGACCCCGUUGCGACUCGCCGGUGUACCACCUCCGAUGGCGCAUAACGAGCUUGCUUUGGAGUCCAACGUCAUUGAUGUGGCGUUCAGUAAAUCGGGAACUCGGAUUGCUGUGCUCGAAAAAACCAGAUUCUCUAUUUUCCUUUGGUCUUUGAAGAGCCGGCCUGUUCCAGCUCCUAUUCUUGAGUCGAGCUAUCCCCUGUCAGAUGCCACAGCAAGUUGCCCAAGGCAGAUUGCGUUCCUGAAUGACAACGAGGUAUAUGUGCUUAAGCACAACGGGCCAAACUCUAGUCAGAUCGAGCGAACCAAUCUGGAGACCCGAGUCACUGGAAUUGUGUACCAGGCAGCGGAAACCGAGCAAUUGGCGUCGAUCUUCGCUGGUAUUGGACACCACACUCUCUGGUUCUCACAUGUCAUUCAGCCAACUCGCCCUGUCAGCUAUUCUAGCAUUGAAACCUCAACAGAGAGCGUGGUUGUCGCCCCUUGGACCGAGAGCCCUAAUGUUGAUAGUCACUGGGCCCGCGCUGUUUCUAUCUCCGACGACGAGCGCGUCUUGAUCACCAUGACGAGAACGGGUGGCUUGUAUGCGAACAAACGAGCCCUUGCAAGGAAUUGCACAUCUUUCCUCGUGACACCGUCUCAUCUUCUGUUCACCACUUCUCAGCACCUUUUGAAGUUUGUUCAUUUGAACCAUGUGGAUGAGAUGGAAGUUCCAGAUGACACACCAGAGACCGACGAACGUUGCAGAAGCAUCGAACGUGGCUCUAAGCUGGUGUCGGUGAUGCCUUCAAUUUUUGCCGUUGUUCUCCAAGCUCCCCGAGGAAACAUUGAGACCAUCUACCCCCGAGCCUUGGUCUUGGCUGGAAUUCGUACAUUCAUCGACCAAAAGAAAUACCGAUCUGCGUUCCUUGCCUGUCGCAGUCAAAUGGUUGAUCUUAACAUUCUACAUGAUUACGCCCCCGAACAGUUUAUGGAAAAUAUCGCUCUGUUCAUUGAUCAAGUGAAGAGGAUCGAUUACAUUGACGAUUUUAUUUCACGUCUGUCUGAGGACGAUGUCUCGCAGACACUGUAUAAAGACACACUCAAAAUCUCUCAGACUGUAUCAGCAGCCUUUGCUCAGUCGCAAGGCCCAGCAGGUCCCCCAGUACCCAAGUCAGGCAAAGUUGGGAGCAAGAUUAACAAGAUCUGUGAUGCAUUCCUGGCGACUCUCCAAUCGCGCGUCGAUACCAAUCUGCAGAACAUGAUCACAGCGCAUGUUUGCAAGUCCCCACCGGACAUGGAGGCUGGAUUGGCACUUGCAGCAGGUCUUAGAACACAAAAUCCCGAGCGAGCUGAAGAUGCCAUUGAACACAUGUGUUUCUUGACUGAUGCACACCGUCUAUAUUCCCACGCGCUGGGUGUAUAUGAUCUUGAGCUCACUCUGUUGGUUGCCCAGCAGGCUCAAAUGGAUCCUCGAGAAUACCUUCCAUUCUUGCGUAAACUGCAACAGCUCCCCGAGACCCGACGUCAAUUCGAGAUUGACAACCAUCUCUCUCGCUUUACCAAGGCUUUGAAGCAUCUUCACACUCUGAAUGCCCACGAUGAGAUCCGGGCCUAUAUUGUCAAGCAUGUCUUGUACAAGGAAGCUCUAGAGCUCUACAAAUACCAAAACGAGCAACAACGGGAAGUUACCGAGCUUUAUGCCGAUUAUCUCCAAGAUCAGUCCAAGUACAAGGACGCGGCAAUUGCUUAUGAGUCUCUCGCACUCUAUGACAGUGCUUAUAAGUGCUACAACCUGGCACAUAAAUGGCGCGAGUCGCUGUAUUGUGCCAUGUUGGCAUCUCUGCCGGAGGAGGAAUUGACUUCUCACAUUGACAACCUCAUCAACACUCUCGUUGACGAGAACAAAGAUUACGUCUCAGCGGCAACAAUCUAUGCCGAGCACUUGAAAGAUUAUAUCACGGCUGCACGGCUUCUCUGCCGGGGAUCUAAAUUCGCCGAUGCCGCUCGCCUUCUGACUCUUCACGGCAAACAAGACAUGGUCGCCGACAUUGUCGACUCCGGUCUUGCCGAAGCAAUGGGCAACAUGACCGAUCUGCUUGCUGAUUGCCGAUCCCAGCUCAAUGCCCAGGUUCCACGCCUCCGUGAGCUCCGUCAGCUCCGCGCUGCCGAUCCGCUUGCAUUCUACGGUGGUGAUCCCACUGGCGGCGAAGGGGGCGUUGAUAUCCCAGAUAACGUCUCACUGGCCCCUACAGAUGCAUCCACUCUCGCUGGCCGCUCUAUGUUCACCCGCUACACAGGAAACACCGGUAAAACCGGCAAGACUGGAAUGUCCCGACACACUUCCAAGACCCGUCGUCGCGAGGAGCGUAAGCGGGCUCGUGGUAAGAAGGGCACCGUGUACGAAGAGGAGUACCUGGUCAACAGUUCUCGACGACUCAUUGAGCGAGUUAACUCCAGCGUCGCGGAGACUGAGACCCUUGUCGAUGCCCUGCUGCGCCGGGGCAUGCGCGAGCGUGCUGCUGCCAUCGAGAAGGCGUUGCAGGAAGUCUUGACUAUGUGUGCUGAUUGCCGGGACGAGGUGUUCGAGGUUCCUCCUCCCAAGGCAAAGACAGAUGAAGAAGAGGAAGAUGAAAAUGACGAUGGUCAGCCCACUAUUUCUCUUCGCAGAGGCGAAAAUACUUUGGCUGAGAGCAUUGCCAUUGUUGAAGGUAAUGGUACUGCUCAUGUUAAGGACAUUCCUAUCGUCAAAGAGAUGAAGAAAUCUUCUCUGCUUGCAUAG